GGAGCCUUCUCGAAAAGGUAUCUGGAAGAGCAGAAGACUGAGAAUGGGAAAGACAAAGAACAGAAAGUAACAAAUGUUGAAAAGGAAAAAAGUAAAGAAAAAGGGAAUUUCUCUGAGUUGGGAUCAACAGACGGAAAGGCAAAAUCUGACUCCUAUGCAUCCAAAGCUGACUCCGAGAAGGGAUACCGCGGCAGCCAGUCGCCCAAGCGCUACAAGUUCCGGGAUGAUUUUGACAAGCUAAAGGUCCCGGAGUUCCACAAGGAAAGUCAUUAUGGCAAAGAGGAAACAGACGAUCAGGAAAAGAAAGACAAGGCAAAGGGCCGAAAAGAUUCGGAAUUUGAUGAUGAGCCCAAAUUUAUGUCUAAAGUCGUAGCAACUUCAAGUAAAAGUCAAGAAGAAGAUAGGCCAGGAAAGUGGGAAGGCGUGGUGUUCUUGCCGCCUGGAAAAGAGAAGCAAAGGAAACCUGAUGAAAUGGAGGAGGAAAGCUAUUCUGAAAGAUCAAAAAAAGAAGAGAGACCAGCAACCAAGAGAGUUGAACCAGGUCACAGGGGGUUUGUUCCUGAAAAGAAUUUCAGAGUGACCACUUACAAAUCAAGCCAGGAAAAAAGUUCUUCCCCCCCACCAAGAAAGGCUUCUGAGGUGAAAGAGAAACCAGGCACCAAAGUAGAGGGGCUAGCUCCUGGCAAAUCCUCCUUUUCCAUUACUCGUGAGGCCCAGGUGAAUAUUCGAAUGGAUUCCUUUGAUGAAGAUCUUGCACGUCCAAGUGGCAUACUGGCUCAGGAACGCAAGCUGUGUCGUGACCUUGUGCACAGCAACAAAAAAGAGCAAGAAUUUCGUUCCAUUUUCCAUCAUAUUCAGUCUGCUCAGUCUCAGCGAAGUCCUUCUGAACUGUUUGCGCAGCACAUAGUGACUAUAGUCCAUCACGUAAGAGAGCAUCACUUUGGGUCAUCAGGAAUGACACUGAAUGAACGUUUUACCAAAUAUCUAAAGAAAGGAAUGGAACAAGAUGCAGCUAAAAACAAAAAGAGCCCUGAAAUCCACAGGAGGAUAGAUAUAUCUCCCAGUACUUUUAGAAAGCAUGGAUUCUCUCAAGAGGAAACGAAAAGCUCCAGAGAUCCUGGCUUCAAGGCUGAAGGGAAAUAUAAGGACGACCCUGUUGACCUGCGCCUUGAUAUUGAACGCCGUAAAAAACAUAAGGAGGAUCUUAAACGCGAUAAAUCCAGGGAAUCAGUGGAUUCGAGAGAUUCAAGUCACUCAAGGGAAAGAUCAACUGAGAAAACGGAGAAAAGUCACAAAGGCUCAAAGAAAAAGAAACACCGACGGGUACGUGAGAGAUCCAGAUCCAGUUCGUCAUCUUCGCGGUCCUCUCAUUCGGUCAAAGCGGAGGAAUAUCCUGAGGAGACUGAGGAGAGGGAGGAAAGCACCACAGGCUUUGACAAGUCCCGGCUUGGGACUAAGGAGUUCACUGGUCCGAAUGAGAGAGGAAGAGCUAGAGGGACCUUUCAGUUCAGAGCAAGAGGGAGAGGAUGGGGCAGAGGCAACUUUUCAGGCAACAAUAACAGCAACAGCGGUGGCAACAAUGACUUCCAGAAGCGAAACAGAGAUGAGGAGUGGGAUCCGGAGUACACACCUAAGAGCAAGAAGUACUACCUGCACGACGACCGCGAGGGCGAAGGAGCGGACAAGUGGGUGAACCGAGGCCGCGGGCGGGGCGCCUUCCCCCGGGGCAGAGGGCGCUUCAUGUUCCGAAAGUCGAGCACCAGCCCCAAGUGGGCUCACGACAAAUUCAGCGGAGAAGAAGGAGAAAUCGAGGACGACGAAAGCGGAACGGAAAACAGGGAGGAGAAGGACACCCUACAGACAGCGGCCGAAUAGCCGCGGCGUCCGCGCUGGCGAGAGCCCCGGCGGGGGGGGCAGCACCGCCGGGUGCUGGAGGGUGUCAGGGCCAUCCUCGAGUGCUGAGCAGAGCCCUGCAGAGGAGCUCUGAAACAAUCCCGGAGUUAACUGCAUUUCCAGAGUCCAGCCUCCCUAAGCGUGGACUAGAACUGAUCAAUCAUUUAUGCUUGGAUCCACUCGUGGAGUAUACCUUCCCAAAGACUCCCCUUCUGGACUGCG